UAAACGAAGAAGAGUGUAGCCGCUUUCUUUGGUUGCGCAAGGUAAGACUGCGCUCUCUAUUCGGUUUCGCGCAGUCAGGCACAAGAUCGAAAUGGCGGCGCCAGCGGAGAGGAUGGAGAUUUCUCAGGGGGAAAACAUGGCAAAGCCUGCUGCUGAAGAUAUGACAUCAAAGGAUUAUUACUUUGACUCAUAUGCUCACUUUGGCAUCCAUGAGGAGAUGCUAAAGGAUGAAGUGCGGACUCUGACCUACCGCAACUCUAUGUUCCACAACAAGCAUCUGUUUAAGGACAAAGUGGUGCUGGAUGUCGGUAGUGGCACAGGCAUCCUCUGCAUGUUUGCUGCCAAGGCUGGAGCCAAGAAAGUUAUUGGGAUUGAAUGUAGCAGUAUCUCAGAUUAUGCUGUGAAAAUAGUGAAGGCCAACAAGAUGGAUGAUGUGGUAACUAUUAUCAAAGGGAAGGUGGAAGAGGUGGAUCUCCCUGUGGAUGGAGUAGAUAUCAUCAUAUCUGAGUGGAUGGGCUACUGCCUUUUCUACGAGUCCAUGCUCAAUACAGUCAUCUAUGCACGGGACAAAUGGCUGAAGCAAGAUGGACUCAUUUUCCCAGACAGGGCAACGCUUUACGUGACUGCCAUUGAAGACAGGCAGUACAAGGACUACAAAAUUCACUGGUGGGAGAAUGUAUACGGAUUUGAUAUGUCGUGCAUCAAGGAGGUGGCCAUCAAGGAACCCCUGGUCGAUGUCGUGGACCCCAAGCAGCUGGUCAGCAGCGCCUGCCUCAUCAAGGAGGUGGACAUCUACACGGUGAAGCCGGACGACUUGACCUUCACCUCCCCGUUCUGCCUGCAAGUCAAGCGCAACGACUACAUUCACGCGCUUGUUACCUACUUCAACAUCGAGUUCACCCGCUGUCACAAGAGGACCGGCUUUUCCACCAGCCCAGAGUCCCCCUACACCCACUGGAAGCAAACUGUCUUCUAUCUGGAUGAUUACCUGACCGUCAAGAUCGGAGAAGAGAUCUUGGGCACCAUCAGCAUGAAGCCAAAUGUCAAAAACAAUAGAGACCUGGACUUCACUGUGGAUCUCGCCUUCAAGGGCCAGCUGUGCGAAGUGUCCAAGACGUCGGAGUACAGGAUGCGCUAGCGGCCUCUUAUUACCGACCCCACACCCCCGUAUAGCUUGUCUUUAGAGGCUGACAUGUAAUGGUUUGACCACGAGUAUGGAAACCGUUAAAAUAGUCCCCCUGCAGCAACUUUUU